CUGGCUUCGGAGCUCGCUAGCCGGCUGGAGCAGAGGAUUGGCUGUUCCGGGGCUACGAGCGCUCUCUCCCAGGGAAUUGAGGCUGUGAUCCGGGUGGCCCGAGCCUGCUCGGGGCUGCGAGAGGCACGCCUCGGGCUACCAGGGCACUGAGUCUGGCUUUGGAGUCCUUGCCUUUGGAUCUCUGGCGACUUCCCAAACAUGCAGAAGCAGAUAGCAGGCCCCAAGAAGUGUCAGAACCUUCUGGGCCCUUCUUUCCUCUGAACAUCUUCUGAGUCACCUGGCAGGGUUGAGAGCGACAGUGCUGGGGUCGGAUCACUUGACCCAUACCUUCUGCUCUGUCACCUACCAGAUAGCACCCACAAUGGGCACCCCAGCCUCUGUGGUAAGUGAGGCACCCACCUGGCAGGCCCCCACUGAGGCCCGGGGCCGCAAGCAGGCAUCUGCCAACAUCUUCCAGGAUGCUGAGCUACUGCAAAUCCAGAGCCUGUUUCAGCGCAGUGGGGACCAGCUGGCUGAGGAGCGGGCCCAGAUCAUCUGGGAGUGUGCCGGGGACCACCGUGUGGCAGAGGCCCUGCGGAGGCUGCGCAGGAAGAGGACCCCAAAGCAGAAUGUCCUGGGCCAUUCACUGCACCACUGCAGCCGGCUCAGCAGAGUUCCAGAGCCUAGCACUCCACUGGCCAACCCACACAGCACAUCUACUGAGACAGCCUCCAGUGAGCAGAUUGGCAAGUCCCGAAGAUCAAGCACCAGGAUCCGCCAGAACUGGAGGAAGCCAGAUCCCACAGGCUACCUCCACCAGAUCAGACACUGAUCACUGGGAGGUGCCAGCAAUGGCAGCAUCCUCCAGAGUCAUCACAGGAACUUUUGCCAAAAGGUCUGAGGAGGUAAAGAAAGGAGACCCGAGGUCCUUCCUGGGUUAAACCAAGCAGGUGGCCACCACCUGCUCAACUCAGAAAAGUCCACUGGACUCUGAAUUUUAUAGGAUCUAUUGUUACCCGCAUAAGGAAACAUCAGAACUGCUCCUGCUUCGUUCGGCCUGUCCUGACCUAGCACUGUAACUGGGCUGCAUGAUAUUCCCCUAGGAAUCUAGUAAUGGGUGCUUCUUGCAGCCUCUCACCACUUCUGCAUUAAUGUGCCAGCUACUAUUGUCAUCAUAGUCCAAAAGGCUGCCAUCAGGCCAGCACAAGGAAACCAUGGCUUAAUUAGCAAAUAAAACAUAUGCAUCAAGAA